UCUGUCAAGUGUCAAAAAUAAAACCCAUUUUGGUCUUUCGAGCCAUUUUCUGUGCUCAUUUAUAAUCUCGUCUUUGUCUGUCCAGCGUCCACUCAGUGAAAUUGUGAUUAGUGAUUCUAGUGGUGCUCAAUUUAAAAGCGGGCUUAUCAUCAGCGCUAAAAUUAGAAGGGAUAAGUGCACAGUUUUCUUUAAAAUGAUCUAAAUGAGAUUAAUUUCAUGGUACUCUCAUAGUGAAUGAGCUGGUGCGAAAAACUCUGUGUUUUCGAUAAAUGGUAAUUGUUUAGAGCAUCUUGCGUAGUUUAAAAUGACCGGAGUGCGUGUCGGGCGAGUGCCCAAGCGCAGGAGAGGAGCUCGGGUGAAGAGUCGGUCAGUGCUCAGAAUGAUGGCAAUAAUGCAGGACAGGAAUAGUGAGGAAGUGCCCCGGGAGUUCCUCGAGACGGGGCGCACGGGCCGGCGUAACGCCAUGCCUGACAUCCUUCAUCCGCAGGGUGCGGAGAUGACCACAGCCGACCUGCCUUCUAGACUGCAACAGCUUGUUACCACGGACCCAGACAAUCCUCAGCCGGGGACUUCAAAAACCGACAUAGACUCUAGCAAAGUGGACGAAUCGACGGGUAAAAAGGACAGCUGCAGUUGAGCUGUCUCUUCCGCACAGUCCCGAAGUGUCGCGGACUCACUGGACUUGCCCAAAGCUAAAAUAAUCUCAAUAAGGGCCCUCACUCACUAUGACAUAGAAAUUCUAUCGCACGCUUAGACUGGGUAUAUGUGAGUCACGUGCAAAACAGUAUAGCGCAGAAUAGAACAGAUUUUGUAAUGUAAUAAUACAAUGGCGUACAAAGGAUCUUUGACCAGGACAGAAAAGACCUUUAUUUUAAUUGCCCACUUACGCUUGUGAUCCGAUCGAUCGAUCGAUCCUCAUAUUCUGCUAAUUCUGUCGUACGCUCUGCUGUCUCGCCUGCGUCUCAGCAUAGACUUACACAAUUUGCAACUGUAAAGCAAGUUUUGUUAGGCCAAUUUUACUUUGACGUUAUAGUGUUCCGACACUCAAUAACGACUUAACGAUUGCGAGCCGACAAAUUUUAUACUAAUGGUAUUAAAUUUAUGUCUGUAAAACGAAUUUAAUUAAGUCUGUUUUACUUUAACGACUUCACGAUUCCGAGUUAGCAAAUCUAAUAGUGUAUCUGAUUGUACUUACUAGUUACUCGUAACAAACGCAACACCAAAGUUACGUUGAUGUCUCGAAUUUCAAUGGAGUUAUCAAAGUUCUCGUUCGUUUGUUCAUGGCAUUAGUCAAAUUUACUUAAAAAAUUACAUUGAGGUCGGUUGCAUCCGUGAUUAUUGUCAGAACGACGUCCGAACUACAUAUUUGCACGCUCACAAAGUUAAAAUGACCGCCCGUGCGUCCUUAAGAUUUCAAUGUCAAAGAAAGUCAGGACUUAGGUACUAAAUAGUAUUAUUAAGUUGUAAGUGCGUAUCCAUACCCACCUUAGUACGUGGAUAUGAAUGUAGCUUUUUAUGUCCUAUGAGAAAGGACGAUAUAUAUAUCUACCCUCUGAACAAACUGUGCUUUCUUUUUUUUUUUUAACUGGCUGUACGGUUUUAGAUUUAUAGGCCUUUUGAGCCGUAUGUUGUUUAGUUAUUAGAAUUAACACAGUUUAGUAAACAUACAGUAGGGAAAUAUAACAUUUACUAUACAGAGGAAAUGCCUGACGCAUACCAUUCUGUUGGGGAAACGGAGUAGUUAUGAGGGACUUGCAUCCUUUGCAGUCUUUGUGUCCCUCGAUAGACCUAUAAGUGAGAGUACAGAUUCAUUUGCGUAUUCACCACAAAAUGAAUGUACCUAUUCACUGGCAAUGGCUGUGGUCUUACAGCAUUCGUUUAGUUUGUAUUUCUAGGAUGUAAUUGUUAUGACAUGCAUUUGAUCGACUUUGAGUAGAGAAGACCGGUUCUUUUAUUGGAGUUGUAUUUAUCGACUAUUGAGGCGGCUGAUAUUCUUGAUUUAACCCGCGAUUUUAAUGGUUUUUUAUCAACCCAAAAUUAGUUCAAAACAAAGCAAACAAAAGGAUUCCAGAAAUGACAGAACCUCUUUAUAAACCUGCACAAUGGAUGUCUAAAAACGAAACUCUAAUUUCGAAUCUGAUUUUCGAAAAAUCUAUUCUUAAUUGCUAAUGUCGUUUAUUACCGCUCUUCAGGAAUACGUUGCCUCAAUUUCAUUACACUUGGUUGUGUUGCGGUACUUCUUUAUAGGUAUAGAUUGCGAGAACCGCUUGAAUACCAAAACAAAAUUUCAAGACUGUAUGGUUGCUAUACUGUGGAGUUAAUGUAGUGUGUACAAGAGAUGUCGAAUUUAUAUUGGUAAAUGUUGAAUUGUUUUUUUUUAUUGCGUACAUAAACUUCUGUUUAAUCACGUAUCUCAACUAUUUAUGGUUUUAAAUAUUUAUUUUUGAGUUUAAAUAAGUUAUGGUCAUUGUUUUACUAAAUUUUAUAUUUGUAUAUAAUAUUAAAUAUGUCCUCCAAUUCCAAAGGGCCAGCGUGGUGGACUACGGCCUUAAUCUCUUCUCACUGUAAGAGAAGACCCGUGCCCUGUGGUGGGCGGGUAAUCGGUUGAUAUGAUGAUGAAAUGUUAAAUAAAUUUACAAAGAAUGUUUUAGAUAUUUCUUCAAUAGUCAAAUAGUGUAAAUUAUUUUAAAGAUAUAUUUAACAAGUAUUUCUGGAACAAUUAUUAUCGUUAUUUUCAUAUCAUAUUCAUUUACGUAACUGAAACACUAUGCAUUUUGUACCAGACAACCUUGGGGCAUAACUCAUUCAUCUAUGGUAGGUGCAAAAAAAAAAGAUAUUGAAAUAAAUGUCAUAACAAAACUUUGCACGUAUAAUAAAUAGUAUCUAGAGAGUAAGUAAGGUGUGUAAUUUGUGUAAUUUUAACCCAGAUGUUAUAAUGUACAAAUAGGUAUUGAAAAUGAACAAAUAUAUGCCUAGAAUAGUAAUAUUGAACAAGU